GGCUGGGGAUCUGGCGCCAUCUGGCCUGGGUGAGGCGUCGGGGGGCCGGCUAUCGUCUCCCGACCCCGAGAGGAGGGGCCUGGAGCUGCGGAGCAGGAUAUGGCAGGCCGCUCUUUGGAGUUUAUUGCACUCGAUUAGGGAUCGUUUCUCAGAAUCAAGGAGUUAGAAGUGAGAUUUGAGAUAAGUGAGGCCCAUCCAGUGCUGCUUGGGACGCCUCAGAAGGGAAAAUGGAAUUUUCAGGAAUGAAAAAGAAGAGUUUGCUAGGAUUCAAAGAAAAUAAUAAAAAAUCCAGCACUAGGGCUCCCUCUCCAACCAAGCGCAAAGAUCGAACUGAAGACAAAUCCAAGGACAGAUCCAAGGACAAAGUGUCCACCAAGGAAUCAAGUGAAAAGGAUCGUGGUCGGGACAAAACGCGCAAAAGGCGCAGUGCUUCCAGUGGUAGCACCAGUACCAGGUCCCACUCCAGCUCCACUUCCAGUUCAGGGUCCAGCUCCAGCACUGGUUCCAGCAGUGGAUCCAGUUCCUCCUCUGCAUCAAGCCGCUCUGGGAGCUCCAGCACCUCUCGUAGCUCCAGUUCUAGCAGUUCCUCUGGAUCCCCAAGCCCAUCUCGACGUAGACAUGACAACAGGAGACGUUCCCGCUCCAAGUCUAAGCCACCCAAGAGAGAUGAAAAGGAGCGGAAGAGACGGAGUCCAUCGCCCAGACCUACCAAAGUUCAUGUUGGGAGACUCACCAGAAAUGUGACCAAGGAUCACAUCAUGGAAAUAUUUUCCACUUAUGGGAAGAUUAAAAUGAUUGACAUGCCAGUUGACAGGUUAAAUCCACAUCUCUCCAAGGGUUAUGCUUAUGUGGAGUUUGAGAAUCCAGAUGAUGCCGAAAAGGCGCUGAAGCAUAUGGAUGGAGGACAGAUUGAUGGUCAGGAGAUCACUGCUACAGCUGUACUGGCACCUCGGCCUAGGCCACCUCCCAGGCGCUUUAGCCCACCAAGGAGGAUGCUGCCACCACCACCAAUGUGGCGUAGGUCGCCACCUCGCAUGAGGAGAAGGUCCAGAUCUCCAAGACGCAGGUCCCCUGUUCGCCGACGGUCAAGAUCCAGAUCUCCAGGUCGAAGACGUCAUCGCAGCCGCUCCAGCUCAAACUCUUCACGAUAAAGCGAAAAAGACUGGACAGCUUUUUAUUUUUUAACUUAAAUCUCACCAGACUAAAUAUUGUACCUUUUUUAUAAUGGUCCUGGGUAAGGGGAAGUGAGAGAAAUCAAAACCUGGCAGUGAAGGCAAACUAAGAGGAGGGGGUUUCCUGGCCAGUAGGCAAUCUGUGCCUUGCAGCUUCUAGAUUCCAGGCAUUGAACCUAAAUGCUUUACAUGUGGCUUUGGGUUGAAGACUGCAAAUGUGGUGUAUUGUUUUCCACACAAGCUACCAGUAGGAAAGAUGAUGUAGCCUCUGCUCCUCUAAUCAGCAGGCUCCUCCUUCAUGAUUUCCAAAGGCUUAGCGGGCCGUGCAGAAAAAACUAAGUACUGACCGAUUUUGGGAAUCAUAAGGCUGGCUACUACUAAGAGAAGGGGUGGCGGUGGUGGCUAUAUCUAUCUCAAGGCACCAGUGCAGACCUACAGAAGUGGUGGUACCCAAACACAGAAAUCUGCCUCAAAUUUAAAUAUGCAGUUUGUCAUUCUGCUCCUAUGUCCCGAAUAGUGAGAGCAUAAAUUUUUGUUUGCACAAAGAGGCAGGGUGCUGCAGACUUGCAUAACAUUAAAGAUGAUGUUUUUUGGCC